CAGCUCGAAGCCUGCCAAUCACACGAUUAGAUAAUCAACAAGCACCUCGCACGUGACCAGUGUACCACUAGCGCGUCCCAAUGCAACGCGACUGACGCUCACUGCAGCUGGGAUGGGAGGCUCUCAUGACCAGUAUUGCGCUUGAUGCGACGUCCGCCCAUUGCCUGCCAGCGAGCAGUGCAAUCGCUCCAAGCGCCUGCCUCGCAGCACAUCUGGGUUCCUGACGAAGUCCUGUCGCUGGCCGUCAAUCGAUUUUUCCACCGCACCUGUCCGCAACAAAAGCGCCAUGGCAGCAGCGUCCCUGGGCCAUUGGAGGCCAGGAAGAGGGCUGCAAAGCGGCGUAUGACAGCUUCAGCUGGCUACAGCCCACAGGAGAGCUUCCCGGCUUCUUUCACCCUUGGAGCGCUGUUUGGCUACCGCUCGAAGCCCCAGCAUUCUUGGAGAUACGAACCGCCAUCUCUACCGACGGAUGCGCCGCUAUGGAAUAUACCCCCUCCAAUUGGGGUAAAUGACCAGUCCGAUGAAGUACGACCUACUGAUGUGAGCUCAAUCGAGCACGGCGUACCAUUGUCCCUCGCACAUCAAUUCCGAACCCCCGCAGAAACGCAUGAAGACUCUAUCGAUUUCGAACCUGUCAGUCAAAGCCUAUCGAACGCGCAAGCCAAUGGGCAUACCUCAGUUGCAGAUGAUUUGGAACAAUGUCUGGAGGGCUUCAAGGCUACCUUCGUAGCCCCGCAGGGCGGUCUUCACGGUCUCUCAAUGAGGGAAGCUUUCGAGCAACACUUGCCAGCUACGCCAUUCCUAUGGAAAUACUACACUGCCGUACUCCAAUAUGUGCGCCAAACGGGAUGCAAUGCCGACCCCGUACUGAAGUGUCUGUUGCGGCAAGACGGGCGGUUACUUCGCAUAGUCAACCCACUCCAGUCCAUAAAUGAAUGUGCAGAGUUCAUGGAUUGUCUGGACCUGACCUCAAAGCGAGCCUCAGGCCGUCGUAUCUUUCGAAUCAUAGCGGAAAUGGCUGGAGAAUUCAGGCGAUCAUCCACAGAAGCUCACGAUAUCAUGUUGCUGCGUCUUAUCGAACACACUGGGCUUCAGGUUCCGCACACCGAUUCAAAAGAAGUGGCCGCCGCGACUACGAUGUUGCUGAACGCACUGGCAUUGAAGUUGAGCGAAAGUGUCGAGAACAAAAUAUUGCUGUCGCACUUCGCUCAGCCAGCUAAGGUCCGAGGUGUCAUUCUCUCAACGGUCGAUAGCGCUGCUGAUGAAGAUGGGAGUUUUGCAAGUGCAGAGCGUGCGUUGUUUUACAUGCCACGCCAGCAGUUGCUUGCGCUGGUACCCGACAUCACCUCGCGCCUUGUAAACCCGACCAGAGGCAAGCAUUACUCUGCUGAUUCAUUGAAUACAUAUCGCUUGGAGAAAUGGUUUCGACUGCUCCACCAAGUAGAUAUCAAGGCGAACACUGAUAACGCCCUGCUCAACGCCGUCUUGGUAUCACUUGCAAAGGCGAUGUAUCAUCACGACACGAAACCCAUGGUUCCAGCAGAAUAUUUCGUCAAAGCCUUGCUCUUGCAUCAACACCUUGAUGGGCAAAUGCUGUCACCGGCCAAUGAACCGCGCCGUGUUCAAACACUCUUUGCAGACGUCCUGCUUCAGAUGCAAGCACAACCUGAGCAGUAUACUGCAUUUCUGAACCUGGCAUUGCCACUUAUUGCUAAGCAUGCUGGAUUGCACGUUCUCCUGUGCUGCCUUCAGACAAUGAACAAACAGAAGCUUCCGCUGUCUACCCAAAUGAAUUUCGAUUCGUUCAUUGCGGACAGGAUUGCUGUACUCCACACCUCGACAGCAAAACUCGCAGAGAGCCAGAUACAGAAGCGGGCUUUUGCCUUACAGGCUUGCGAGAAGCUGCUCCAUGUCCUCAGCCGUAUGGGCUGCGCGUUGCCGGCAAGGACGAAAGAGGUCGCUACUCUGUCAGGAACCCGUCAGUUCAACAACGUGUUAGUUCACGCCAGAGAUAAUCACGCGCUUCCCAUCGUCUAUCGCGACCUCACUGCCGAUAUAUCUCUGAUGGAGCGCGUCGCAUUGGUACAUCAACUUGCCCACCAUUAUGCUCAAGAUACAACUCGUUCUCAUCGCGAAGUGUGGCGUUCCAUCUACUACCUGUACAAAUUCCUGCUAUCGAACUCCCUUCCAAUCGGCCCUCUCUUCACCAAGGCGGUUGUACACUCUUCGAUCACUCGGCCUCUGUUAGAGAAUCGAUUUGUCAGUGCCAGACGCUUGAUCUGGGUAUGCCAUCUCGUGGCGCGAGUCGAAGGAAACGAAGUGGCUGCGCAAGUAGAGAAGCGCUUCUUCGUGUGGCGAGGGGAUCUCAUCGGUCGUGCUAAGCGGGUCUAUGUAAGUGUCGGUGGGAGCAAGCAUGACCACGCGCACGUGGGGACCAUGAAAAGACUGGGCCUGAUAUGAGGAAUGAUAAAAUUACGGCUGUGGAACAAGCCUGGUGAUUUUGUAGCGAUAUACCCUUUCCAGAUACGAAUGAACACAUAAGUCACACACGUCUGCUCG